GUGGCAUCUGGGAUCCCCUCUGCUUGUCCACUCCCUACGAUUCUGUUCUGAUCCUUGCGGGCCUCAUGGAUCCCCCUAGACCACCCCCCAUCGCCACUCAUUCGACCAAGCGGAAGUUUGUCGAGGACGAGGCCGAGUUGUCCCCUCACCUUGCUCGGGUUACCCUUACGACUCAGGCCUCUCAGACCUCUCUUCCGUCUAUAUACGAGCUUCAGCCUGACCUUCCACCUCCGGGUCCACGCCAUGCGCAGUUCUCGGGAGAUCCUCGAUUUCCGCCACUUCCAUCGUUUCCUUCAACAUCUGUGGCGGAGAGCUCUAACACUUGGAUACCCAGUCGUGACGAACCUCCUUCCGCGUUCUCACCUGAGCAAGCGCAACUUGAAAUCGGCGACUCGGAUGGCGAUGGCGACGACGCCCUGCGUAGACCGAAGCAGAAGCGAAGACGCCAAGCGCUCAGCUGUACAGAGUGCAAGAGACGUAAGAUCAAGUGUGAUAGGGCUCAUCCAUGCGGACCCUGCACUCGUCGCAACGAUCAGCACAAAUGUCAGUGGCAUGUAAUCGAGCCUGUAGAUAAGUACGUUAGUCGUGCGGAGCACGAGCAACUGAAGACUAGGCUGGCGACCGUGGAAAGCAGAUGCGACAAGCUUGAAGCUAUGCUGGCUAGCCUGACUGGCCCGCCACCAUUCGUACAGUCGCCGCGGCCCUUCGACAUGGCUCCGGUGCAUGGAGCUCUGCGUCCUAUCCCACCUGGUCCCUCGGGGUCGUUCUCGCUUCCUUUCACGGAUGUUCACCCACCAGCACCAUCAUUUCAUACUUCAGCUAGCGCGCCGUCUCGCGAUGAAGAUUACUCGCUCUUGCGACAUGGCCCCGAGCAGCCGAUACCCUCAUUACGAAUCAUGACAUCUCCCGUCCCACCUUUCCAUCAUCUUUCUGUCCCACAGCAUUCCCGUCCAGAUGUUCCCUCUUACUCGUCUCAACCCUUCGAUGCUAGGUCUCCAGAGGUUGGCAAUUUGGCAUCGACAUCUCGGGUCUACGAUCGUUCUCCUCCAUCCUCUUUCUCGUUCCGCCCCGACGCUACCACAAAGCCAUCCCCGCUGUCUCUGUCCUCCAUCAUAACGCCUUAUAAUACCACGCCCGCGUCACAGUCAAAAAACUCCAGCGCGCAGACGCUCACACCGCUGAGCGAGCGUCUGCGCAGUCGGCCUCAUCCCCAAGACUCAGCGGCUCAUUCUCCUCCUCCCGACGGCUGUCGCAAUCCUCACAGCCUGCGUCCUCUACUCCACGCCUUCACUCCCGCAGUGAUUCCCGCGUAGAGCGUCAGCCACAGCGUCACGCUGGCCCGCACAUUCUUCCAAGCGGAACGGCGCCUGGACGAUUACCGGAACCCGACGCCGGAUCCGAUGAUGACCGGUGAAGGCCUGUGCUCCCUACCUCCCAUACUUCGCAUCUCGUGGUAUGUGUUUGUCCUUCGCAGUUUGACGGAGCACGCGUGUGGAUAUUCAUCUCAAUGUCCGUUUUAUCUGUCACAUUGCCAUCACGUCUCAUUCUCCAUGCGGCAGCUCCACUUUCACUUUCAUUUCGGAUCCUGGUCACUCGUCGGUUUAUCUCCUCAGUAUGGCCCGCGGUUACACUCUGGUCUCAAGCAUUGGCUCAUUUCGGAUCACAACUCGUUUCAUUUCACUGUAUCAUGUCUUCAUCGGUUCCCCAUGUGUUUUCUCCUGCUGUAUCUCACGAUCUUUGCGGGCCGUUCCGUUUCCUACGACUUCAUCCUGCUUACAACUGCGCCCGCAAUUGCUUCAAUGUUCUUCUCGUCUGCAGGUUCUCCAGUCCGCUCUGGGAGUCGUUCUCUAUUUUGGUUGAUCUGUCGUCUUAGCUUUCUUUGGUGUAUAAUAGCAUACUACGUAAUUUAAUUUGCUGGAUUGUUUUGCUGAUUUGCUUUGCGUUACAAGUGUACAUAUACCACAACGUACUUGUCCUAUAGUCUGCUUGUUUGUGUUCCUCCACACGCCACUCCUCCCUUAGCCGGAACUCCCUCGUCGUACUGUGGUCUUUCAUUUCAUACGAUCCGGUCCUGUCCAACCCUUCGUGUUCUGUUGCAUGCACUUCGUUGUGCAUUCUCGCUGAUAUUAUUGUAAACCCGUAUCGCUCGCCUUUGCUUACGCAUUCCACGCUGAGCUGUUCAUAAUUCCACGC